AUGGGUGAAGUUACAAAAUCAGAUAUCGAAGCUCUCGCAGCAGCGUUUACCGCUGCCAUCAACACCAUGAACAAUCGGAUGGACCAACAGAUUGGAGAAAUUCGUGGGUUGUUGGGAGAGAGAAACAACCAUAACAACAACGGUCAGAAUAGAGACAGGGAAGGAGGCCAGCGAAUUAGGGCUCCACGUAGAGAGGUUGUUGUUCAUACUUCAGAAUCUGAGUCUGAAGAAGAGGUUGGGCAAUAUGAACCACAAGGACAAGCUGACCAAGAUUACAAAGUCAAGGCCGAAAUUCCUUUCUUUUCGGGCAACUUGGGUGUAGAAGAUUAUCUAGAUUGGCAGCUUCAGGUGGACAGGUUCUUUGAGAUUAUGGAAGUUCCUGAACACAAGCAGGUUAAGCAUGUUGCAUGGAGAUUGAAGAGUACUGCUGCAGUUUGGUGGGAUAAAUUGCAGAACACUCGAAAGAAGCAGAGGAAGCAGGGUGUUAAGACAUGGCGAAGAAUGAAGCAGUUGAUGAUGGAGAGGUUCUUGUCGGACGAUUAUGAGCAGAUUCUGUACAGGUUGUAUAUUGAAUGUGUCCAGGGAACUAGGACAGUGGCUGAUUACACCGCUGAGUUCUUACGCUACUCAGAGCCUAAUGAACUAGGAGAAACUGAAGGCCAGAAGGUGGCUCGCUAUGUCAGUGGGCUGAAACCUUCCAUUCAGGACAAAAUUGGGUUACAAACUGUUCAUACUAUGGCACAAGCUUCGAACUUAGCAUUGAAGACAAAGUUGUUAGAGAAGCCUUCACGAGCUUCUUCUUUCCAGAGAUAUAACUAUCAAAGGAGUACAGCUUUAGCAAACGCCUCGACUGACAAGGGUAAAACCACACUGCAGAAAACAGAAGGCGCUUUUAGGACUUCCAACCCUUCUUUUAAAGGGGCUGGCAGUUCUAGUGGUGCUCAAAACAGGGCCCCGAACCAGAGGCUUAAUAAUCCUUAUGCUAGGCCUACAACAGAAAUUUGUUAUCGAUGCAACAAGCCUGGUCAUAGAUCUAAUGUAUGCCCUGAGAGGAGAACUGCCCUUAUAGAUGAUUAUGAUGAGGAAGAAGAAGAAGUUGGAAGAGAUGGCGAUUAUGAUGGGGCUGAGUUUGCGGAGGAGGAGUCCCCUGAAAAGGUUAAUAUUGUGUUGCAGCGAGUACUAUUAUGUCCUAAAGAGGAGGGGCAGCGACGCAAUAUUUUCAGGUCUCUUUGUUCCAUUAAUAACAAAGUGUGCAAUUUAAUUGUGGAUAAUGGAAGCUGCGAAAAUUUUGUAGCCAAGAAACUGGUGGAGUAUUUGCAGUUACCUACGCAGCCUCAUGAUGCACCUUAUUCCCUCGGGUGGGUCAAGAAAGGUCCACAAGUUCGAGUUGUUGAAUCCUGCAAAGUACCGGUAUCCAUUGGUAAGCAUUAUAAAGAUGAAGUUAUGUGCGACAUUAUUGAUAUGGAUGCUUGUCAUAUUUUGUUUGGACGACCUUGGCAAUAUGAUGUGGAUGUGACGUAUAAAGGCAGGGAUAAUGUGAUGUUUUUUAUGUGGAAAAACCAUAAAAUUGCUAUGGCUCCUGUGUGUCAAAUUGAGAAAUUUGGUGGAAAGAAAGGGGAGAGUUUUCUGACCUUGUCUAGCAGUGAAUUUGAGAUGGAGGAGGCCUUUAAAGAAUCUGAGAUUUUCUGUCCAGUGAUGAUUAAGGGGUUGUUGGCUGCAGAAAAGGAAGAGGUGGUGAUUCCUAACGAAGUGCAGAAUAUGUUGGGAGAGUUUGAAGAGUUGAUCGCGGAUGAGUUGCCCAACGAGUUACCACCUAUGAGAGACAUUCAGCAUCAGAUUGAUUUGGUGCCUGGAGCUAGCUUGCCCAAUCUGCCACAUUACCGAAUGAGUCCCAAGGAGAAUGAGAUUCUGAGAGAACAAAUUGAAGACUUGUUGAAGAAAGGGUUCAUUCGAGAGAGUAUGAGUCCUUGUGCAGUUCCAGUCCUCCUUGUUCCUAAGAAGGGCAAUCAAUGGCGGAUGUGUGUUGAUAGCAGGGCCAUUAAUAAGAUAAUUGUGAAGUACAGGUUUCCUAUUCCUCGUUUGGAAGACAUGCUUGAUGAGCUAGAGGGUUCCAAAGUGUUUACCAAGAUAGACCUUCGUAGUGGAUACCACCAGAUUCGAAUCAAGCCAGGAGAUGAAUGGAAGACAGCUUUUAAGAGCAAGGAUGGCUUGUACGAGUGGAUGGUUAUGCCAUUCGGAUUGACUAAUGCACCCAGCACCUUUAUGAGGCUUAUGAACCAGGUUCUUCGUUCUUUUAUUGGUUCCUUUGUAGUGGUGUAUUUUGAUGAUAUACUGAUAUAUAGCAGGACCAAAGAAGAACAUCUGGUACACUUGAAGCAGGUUUUGGGAGCUUUACAGGAGAAUAAACUGUACAUCAACCUGAAAAAGUGUACAUUCUGCACCAGCAAGUUAUUAUUUCUGGGAUUUGUUGUUGGAGAAGAAGGCAUUCAGGUUGAUGAAGAGAAGGUACGAGCUAUAAGAGAAUGGCCAGCUCCAAAAACAGCUUCUGAGGUGCGGAGCUUUCAUGGUUUAGCUACCUUCUACAGGAGGUUUGUGAAGAAUUUCAGUACCAUUACUGCCCCUAUUACUGAAUGUUUGAAGAAAGGCAAAUUCCAGUGGGGAGAGGAGCAAGAGAAGAGUUUUGCCUUGAUCAAGGAGAAACUUUGUACUGCACCAGUUCUCGCUCUUCCUAAUUUUGAUAAGGUUUUUGAGGUUGAAUGUGAUGCUAGUGGCAUGGGAGUAGGUGCUGUAUUGUCACAAGAGAAGAAACCAGUAGCAUUCUUUAGUGAAAAGCUGAGCGAAGCUCGUCAGAAGUGGAGUACUUAUGAUCAAGAAUUUUAUGCAGUGUUCCGGGCAUUGAGGCAAUGGGAGCACUACCUGAUUCAGAGAGAAUUUGUACUGUUCACGGAUCAUCAAGCCUUGAAGUACCUUAACAGUCAGAAAACUGUGAAUAAGAUGCAUGCAAGAUGCUUUGAGUAG